CUCUUCUUCCACCGCCCUCUCUCCCACCUUAUCCACAAUCCACUCGCGCGCGGCCACCACCACGGAUUUUCUUUCGAUUACGCUGCAACUCCGUUGGAACCGCCCCCACGAUGCCUUUUGAGCCACCGAAAAUCACCGACAAGAAGAACGCGAUCUGGAUCGAAAUUGCCAAGCCGGGCUUUCGCGACCCCAGGUAUCUCUGGUCGGACUACUGGCGACGGUUCAACACUAUCACCAUCCCAUUGCUAGACGAGGAUGCGUAUUUUGCCGACGCGCUUACUGCUGCGAAAGAGGCUCAGAGCCGUCAGCACCUCGAAGAAUUGCUCGCUAAGAGAUUCGAGGCGCGCCGCAAGGAACUCGAACAAACCGUCCGCGACAUAUUCUACGCAUCCUUCUCCCCGAGAACGCCAUUCCCCUCCGAGGCUGCCCGUACCGCAGCGUCCAAAGUGGGGACAACUGGCAGUCUUGACAGUUUCAUACAAAGUGUAUGUGGUGUCGUCUGGGGUUGGGGAGAGCGCAGCAACGAACAUGAGGCCCUGCAAAUCCACCCCGCCGAUGGCCAUGACUCUGGUGACAGCGGUGGCAGUACCGAAGGUGAUGGCGAGAGACAACAUAGCGACUUCAGUUUCUCUGGGAACGACGUAGGAUCUGAAACGCAGCAAUGGCCUGAGUAUCCGAAGUUCGUCCAUGACGACGAGGCGGAUCUGCUCUGGAACGGCAUUCCUUCGGCGUGGAGGGUUCUUGAGUGCGAGGAUGCAGAGGAGACACCCUUGGAGCGACAGCUGCCGUCUCCCACCUUACCAAAGGACAACGCGGUGUUAGCCGUGAAAGACCCCGGGCAAAGCGCCUGCAAGCGCGAUUCCCAGCCCGUCGUCCGCAAGCCCUCGGCGAAAGCAGGGAACCUCGCCAGAUCUGACCGGCGGUGAAGGAAGAGACAGGCCACAGUGGCCGUCCCCACGGAGCAACAUCUCCUCGCAAGAAGGGGGCGACACUACAGAUGUUGAUGCUCGCCGGAAUGGAUCGGGUGGAAGUCUCGAGGGGACCAGGAAAAGGUCCCUUAAUGAGGGGAUAGAGUGUGAUGGCGGAGAUUACCGCUUCAAGCAGAGAAAGCGGGAAGCCGAAUCUGAUGAUGGAAACGCGGCAGCCUCGUGACGUACUCGACCGGCAUGUGGCUGAAUAGAUACCUGGCUGCAAUCGACAUCAACAUUGUUCGAGUCGAUCGACGUUGUGUUGGAACCGCUGCGCAGGCUCAGGAAGAUGAAGCUAUCACAAUGCAAGCAAUGCAUACAACUGGGAUCAAUCGUGGUGUUGAGGAUGUUGUAUUGUGGGAGAGUUCUCUUGAUUAGGAGCCUAGUCUUGGGCGGCAGUUGGGCAUUAAGCCGGUGGAUCCUAAUCUCGGUGGGCCGGCCCAGUGCCCUAGGCUAGGCUAGUUCUGAUAUAUCCCCCUAGGUCGAGCCUCUGGCUCUAGCUUGCUAAAUCUAGUAAUCUAUAAAGCUAUUCCC